AUGACGAACCUCAACAUUUCCCGUCAAUCAACCCGCAUCAACCUUGUCUCCUCUCAUUGCACCUCGUCGACGCGAGUAUCGCCUGUCUGGACGUACCGCGCCUCCCAUUCGCUUCGAGCCAAACCUCGGCUAAUUCAUUCGGGACCAACUCCCUCGCCCCCGCCACCCAAAAAACGAGCACUGGUUGAUAUCGCACUCAUUGCUGGUGGUUUCUUUUCGAUCGGUGCUACUGUCCUCUGGCUUCAAAACACCCGACAGAAGGAAAUUGAUGACCCUCUAUUUGGGGCCACAACAAGCAGAGAGCAAUUCGAAAUCCCGAUCGCCAGCCAUACUGGCUCUCCCGCUGCUAAAAAAAUCCUAACCAUGCUAUCAACUCAUGAGGUCGAUCAACUGCUGAAGAAAUAUGAGACUACCUUCUCCGUCGAUCGGGUGGGAAACCCAGUUUACCGAUACGAUACUAAUCAUGUGGCAUCAAAUGCGCCAAUAGAAGAUGAUUCGUUAUGUGCUGUCAUGACUCGCAAUCAGUCAGAGUCAGAUCCCAAAUCAUUUCCCAAACCAUCUCCCAAGGAUAUGCUUUUUUUCGGUGUUUUUGACGGUCAUUCUGGUUGGCAGACCUCGAAACUACUAGCCGAACAGCUUUUGCCCUCAGUCAACCGAGAGCUACACUCUGUCUUCCGCAGUGAACCGGAGUAUGUGGCGGCCUAUCUUGCGAAGCAACUUGCACAAGCCCACCCUGGCAAGAAGGCCAACAAUGGAGCUCGAGAAGUUCAAAUCCCGAAGAGUGUCAUGGAAAAGAUUUGGAACAUCGUCACAUGGAGCAAUCGACAUAGUCGAACGGUAAUUGACGAUCUUGACCAGGACGAUGAUAUUGUCAAGCUUGCUAUUCAAAACGCCUUCGUCAAGCUAGACAAUCAACUUGUGGGCCGACCUGUGCAGAUGCUGGCGGCAUACGAGGCACAACAGAAAUCUGGCGACAAGAGUAUUCCUAAAGCUUAUGGAGCCGAUGUCACCCCCCAACAAACAGCCUCCCUACAAGCUCUGCUACCAGCCCUAAGCGGCUCUUGCGCUUUACUGGCGUACAUUGAUACUCUACGCUCAAAAGUACAUGUAGCCUGCACUGGCGAUUCCAGGGCGGUCAUGGGAGUCUGGGAUCCGAAAGCUAAUCAAGGUAAAGGUAAAUGGAAGGCGCAAUUGCUCAGCGAAGAUCAGGAAGGCCUGAAUCCGAGGGAGGUUGAAAGGAUGCGAUCCGAACAUCCACCUGAAGAACGAGAAAAUGUCAUCAGACGCGGCAGAGUUCUGGGGGGCUUACAGCCCACCCGAGCGUUCGGCGAUGCACGGUAUAAGUGGCCAGUCGGUAUUCAAGAGAAACUUUAUAAAGCCUUUCAUCCCUCUGGAAGGGCGAGACGUGAUCCAGUUGACUACCUCACGCCACCCUAUGUGACCGCCAAGCCUGAGGUCGUUUCUGCGCCUAUUCCCACUCCAAGCGAGACCGAUAAGCCGGCUUUCGUUGUUUUGGCGACUGAUGGUUUGUGGGACAGACUGGAAACCGCCGAAGUUGUUGGGCUAGUUGGCAGAUGGAUUGAAAUGGGUGGCCAGCCUCCCUCGCUCUUAUCCCCCAAACAGCAAGUUCUGGGCAAGAAGCAAGUCGCUGCGGCCGAUCAAGUCGAAGUCAUUUGCCCUCCUGGAGGCUUCCCGCCAACCGCACAUGACCCUCAAAGUUCUUCGCAACAAUCGUUCAUUUUUGAAGACACCAACGUUGCUACUCAUCUGAUUCGCAAUGCCCUCGGAGGUGCAAGUCGGGAAAAGUCCGGGUUCUUGAAAAUCGUCUUGAAGCAUGAAGGAGGUAGAUCGCAGCCGCUGAUACACUAUGAGUCCACCACAGAUUCAUAG